AUGGAAAAUUUCGAAAAACCAACCAUUUCAAUUUCAUCAUUGUCUUCAGAGAUCAGUCCAUCCUAUGCAAUGAAGAUGUCAAACUCUUCGAUCAAUGACCCAUGGGCCGACAACCUUGAAGACAUGGAAGAGCAAAUAUUCCCAUCAUCGCCAAUGUCAUGCUCAAUUGGACAUCCAUUUAACCAACAAUCAAUUUCACCUCUCAAAGGAGAAUACUAUAAUUUCAACUUUAGAAUGGGUACACCAAUCGGUGGAAACAUCUUUGAUUCAACUCCAACCUUUACUCAUGGUUAA